UCAGGCCUCAGCGUAUCAGUCGGUAUUCAGUACGCACUACGCAGCAGCCCGUGAGUCGUCGUGACCAAACGUAUAGUAUACUAGCUACCAAAAGCAGUACGGUGCCUGGUUUCAUUGUAAGCAGCCGCGCCGAGUCAGUAGCGUAGCGUGAGCGCGGUGAAGAUGGCCGGGGAGGCAUUGAAGGAGGCGGGGGCGACGCCCGCCGCAGCGAACGCGGGGGAGGAGAAGGCCGUCAUCCCGGCGGCUUCGACAUCGCCGGUGAUCUCCAAGACCGAUGAUGACACGGAGCCGCCGGCCGAUGACUCCAAGGCUCUCGUCGUCUUCGUCGAGAAGGUUGCUGAUAAACCUCAUGCUGAGAAGGCAACAGCAACAGCAACACCAACAAGGACCUCAAAUGACAGAGAUAUUGCCCUUGCAAAGGUGGAGACAGACAAGCGAGAAUCGUUGAUCAAAGCAUGGGAGGAGAACGAAAAGGCAAAAGCGGAGAACAGGGCCUCUAAGAAGUUAUUGGAUAUUAUUUCAUGGGAGAACACAAAGAAGGCAGUAAUAAAAACUCAACUGAAAAAGAAGGAAGAAGAGUUGGAAAGGAAGAAGGCAGAGUACGCUGAGAAGGCGAAGAACAAGGAAGCAAUCGUCCAUAAGGAAGCUGAAGAAAAGAGAGCAAUGGUGAUGGCCCGGCGCGGUGAAGAAGUGAUCAAGGCCGAGGAGAUAGCAGCUAAGUACCGUGCAACCGGAGUGACACCGAAGAAACAUAUCGGGUGUUUUGGGGCAUAAGAAACAUCGAUCCGAGCCAUAUACUUGUUUUUCUUUCUCUUUCGAAAGUUAUUUGUGUUGGGUUGUAACUUGUAAGUGUGUACUUUUUUUUCUUUGGAAAAAUUGGAACCAUGCCAUUAUAAUUUUGUAAAA